AUGUCGAUCCCUCCCGAAGCCCUGCAGAAGCUCCUGCAAGAGAUCGAGACACGUGCCAUGGCCUCACAGCAGCAGAUCGGUAUCACCAAGGCCCAGCUCACUGCCAAGCAGCGUGAUAUCCGCAUGCAGCAAUUGACAACCAAGGAAUUGUCGGAGUUGCCAUCCGAGACCCGGGUGUACGAAGGUGUAGGAAAGAUGUUCGUUAAUGUUCCAAUCAAUACUAUCAACAAGCGACUUGCGCGCGAGAGCUCCGAGUCUACGGCGGAGAUCUCUAACCUGGAGAAGAAGCUGCAAUAUCACGAGACAACAUUCAAGAACAGCCGGGAGAACUUUGAGCAGAUUCUGAAGUCUGGAGGACGGGCGUGA